AUGAUGGACAAGAGGAACAAUGAUGGGAAAUACAGCUUUGCAAUGGAUAUGGAAGCAGGCGAAUUGACAGAGAGAAGGUCUACGAUGCUGCAAUUUCACGUUCUCAAAAUCUCAGGCAGGCUCCGUCUGGCUGCACAGCGGGAGGCAGAGAAGCAUUGUGUUGAGGUUUAUAAGCGGUUGAAGUCUUCAGAACUGGGAUCUUGGCAGAGAUGCGGUCCUCAUACUUGGGAGUACAUCAUGAAGUUUACUCUGCUAUGUGUUUACUUACCCUAUCUUCAACAUGACAUUGAUGAAAGCACCGCGCUUUCUCGCAAGUCAGCUACCAUCAAGUGCGUUGAUUACGCAAAGGAUUUGAUAUCAAAAUUGUCUAGUCAGCAAUCCGGUGCUUUUGAUUGGUAUGGUCGAGGAUUUGGAGACUACUAUGCUGACCUGUCAAAGAAGAUUCUCACCGGAGAAUAUAUAGAGCGGGAUCUUAUCCUUUUUACGAGCGCUUUGAGUUGCUCUUAG